GCCAAAAUGGCAAAACGUCUAAGAGCGUAAACAUCUAAGAUUGUCCUGCUGCUUUGUUCUGGUGUUGAAGCUCGUGAUGGUCUUCAUCCUCUUCAUCACGUCUCCGUGUUGUUCUGUUGGAGUUUUUCCUCCAGUUUCUUCCCGUACGCUUCUUGCCUUUGCCUGAGCUGGACCUUCAGCUGCCGUCGCACCCUCCUCACCUCGUCCUUGUGUCCAGAGUUGAACACCAAUCGUCUCACGCUCAGGACAGCGUCUCUGUCCACACAGUCUGAAAGUCCGGUGCAGAUGCUCCGUUGUCCGGGAAGUUCAUAUGAUUCUGUGAUUCUGCUGACGGCGAACUCCCUCCGGGUCCCAACAAACGCGCACAGCAGGUGAUGUCGGGGAGGAGUCACGAUGUCAGGGAGGUGCAGAUCCCGCUGCUGCAGGCCCCGCCUCCUCAGCACCGAGCAGCCAAUCACACGCCUCCUCCCCACAGACCGACCAAUCACUGGCCUCCUCUCAGCGACGCCCCGCCCCCCUCAGGGGGGGCGCUCCUGCCGGUGCAGGGGGGGUUCAGGGAGCGAUUCGUCCUCCCCCCCGACGACAAAUACAGAUGUGAAAAGUGCAGUUUGGUCCUGGUCCAACCGCGACAGACCGAGUGUGGACACAGAUUCUGCCACUCGUGUAUCACCGACCUGCUCAGUCGCCCGAACCCAGUGUGUCCAGCCGACCGCGAACCACUGUUCCCCGACAAGAUUUUCCGGGACAUCUGUUGUCAACGCGAGAUUCUGGCGCUUAAAGUUUUCUGUCGAAGUGAAAAAGACGGAUGUAAAGAACAGAUCAGUCUGCAGCAGCUGCCGGACCACCUGACCGUGUGCCCGUUCCUGGAGGUCCCGUGCCCGCUCGGGCGCUGCCAGGAGCGGAUGAUGAGGAAGGACGUCCCUGAACAUUUGAACUGGAAAUGUAAACACCGAGAAACGAGCUGCGAGUUCUGUCUGUGCAAGAUGCCCCUGGCAGAGCUGCAGAAACACAAAGAGACUGUGUGUCCGGCGUUUCCUGUGUCCUGCCCGAACCUGUGUCCCUCUGCCCCCCUGCCCCGCUCUGAGUUACUCGUCCACCAGGGGGAGUGUCCCAAAGCUCAGGCCAACUGCCCCUUCCACCGACAGGGCUGCUCCUUUAAGGGUCUAAAGGACGAACUCAAACUCCACGAGUCGACGUUUGUGUCUGAACAUUUAAGAAUGAUGUCAUCGAGAAGCUCCGCCCUCGAGAGCAAGGUGGAGGACUUGAGGGUGGAGAUCUCGGACCGAUUCCAGGUUCUUCCAGGUCUGAGCAGUCGUGUGUCUGAGACUGAAGUCCACAAUGAAGAUCUGAGAGAAAGAAGCCGCCAGAGCGAACAGAAGCUCACCACCGUGCAGAAGUUGCUGAGCGCUCACUCUGAGAAGCUUCUGGACUUGGAGAUGGAGCUUCGUUCUGUUCGUUCCCUCAGAGACGAAGUCGAGAACCUGAGAACCCGGAUCACGGCCCUGGAACAGACCCGGACCGGAGCCGGGACCAGCCACGCCCUGGUGACGCUGGAGACGCAGCUCGGUCGUCAUGACGAUGUGCUCAGCGUUCAUGAGAUCCGAUUGGCUGAUAUGGACCUGCGUUUCCAGGUGCUGGAGACGGCGAGUUAUAACGGGACUCUGAUCUGGAAGAUUCGUGAUUACACUCGGAGGAAGCAGGAGGCGGUUUCGGGGAAGACGCUGAGUCUUUACUCGCAGCCGUUUUACACGUCGUACUUCGGGUAUAAGAUGUGCGCCCGCGUUUACCUGAACGGGGACGGGAUGGGCAAAGGGACGCACCUGUCGCUCUUCUUUGUGGUGAUGAGAGGAGAAUACGACGCUCUGCUGCACUGGCCUUUCAAACAGAAGGUGACGCUGAUGCUCAUGGACCAGGGCGGCGCCCGUAAACACCUCGGUGACGCCUUCAAACCCGACCCCAACAGCAGCAGCUUCAAACGCCCCAGCGCCGAAAUGAACAUCGCCUCAGGAUGCCCCCUGUUCGCCAACCAGACCAUGCUCGAGUCCGGGUCCUACAUCAAGGACGACACCAUCUUCAUCAAGGUUACGGUGGACACCUCUGACCUGCCGGACCCCUGACCGUCCCAGAGGAUGAUGGGAAAUGCGGUUCCACAGAGACUCGGCUGAGAAGUCCCGAGCGGCUUCUGAUUGGCUGAAGGAGGGCGUCGCCACGGCAACAUGGCCGCUUACCGAUGCCGUGCAUCGACCGGCUACGGCCCGCACCGGGACUGAACCUGAACCAGGACCACGGAAAGACUAAACCGGGUCUUAACCAGGACCAUGGAAAGACUGAACCGGGUCUAAACCAGGACCACGGAAAGACUGAACCAGGUCUAAACCUGAGCCCCAAGAGACUGAGAGGGCAGCGGAGCGCCCCCUGUGUUUGUGGAGUGGAAAUAAAAUAAAGAAAUAUCUGUCUGUAAUGUGUUUUUAUGUCAGGGUGACAGGAGCAGACAGGAGCUGACAGGAGCAGACAGGAGCAGAGGAUUUACUGUGUUUGUGAUGUGGAAUGAAAUAAAAUGAAGAAAAAUCUG